CUUACGUUCGUUAUCGUGUGCGCCGCGCGUGGUGCGAUACUCCGGGCGGGCGGUCAAAAGUUUGAAUCCGGGCGAAUAGAACGCGCGGAUCUACCGGAAAAAUAUGGAGCGAAACACGCAAUAUGGAAGAAGAUUAUAAAGAAUUCUUAUUGAUCACGGGUUUAUUUGAAAAGUGACUUUGUUGUUGGAUCGGGGCAGAACCACCUGAGUUUGUUCGUUGUUGUUCAAGAAUUGUUACGGAAUGGGUUUUUAUGAAAUGGACGGCAAAUAUUAAGUGUUAUUAGUGUUGUUAAGGACAAAGAUCUGCAAAUGUUGGUGUUUGAUGUUCAAGAAACGCGAAUGUAUAAGGUUAAAAGUUGUAAUGAAGUGUCAGGCGUACAAAAAUAUCGUGAUAAAAGUAGAAAGCCUUAGACCGUCUAAAUAAAACUGUUAAACGCUACCGCUGCAGUACCUACCUGUUGAAUCUUGAAGAUUUACCAGAAGUUUCUCCUAAAAAAGGAUCUGAUGCAUUAAGAAGGAUGUUGAAGUGCUAAAGUACCUGUGUUGCCUAGAAGAACUGAGCAAUAUCCGAUUUUACUAAUUAGUUACUGUUUUUUUUGCCAGUAAAAGUCUAUAUAAUAUCAAGUUGUGCUUUAUGAGUCAAGGUAAAGGCAAUAUCCAAAAGCUGGGCUACCCAAGAUCAGAGUCGAAGAUAAAUGUUAAUUGUUAAACAAUUGAAGAAAACUGUUUUUGUUACGGAGUCCAGGAAGGCGUGCUUUCAAAUGAUGGAUUCAUGGACUUUGGUUGUUUUUCGUUUUUGAACGUGUGUUGAAAAUAGAGAAGUCAUUGUGAUAAACAUUGAGAUUGCGUGUCGUAUUAACAGGUGUUGACAGACCAACAAACAUCGAAAUGGUGGACCUGAAAAGCGCCGAUCUGGCCGCGCCGAGCAUACCUGUUACGAAAAAGUCCCGCGGUUUCACGAUGACGGCUGUGAAGAAUUGGUUGACGAUGUCCGAGAAGCGUAAUCAUCAUCAUGGUGUGCCCAACAAGGUCCCAGAAUCGUUCCUGAGAUCGAUCAAAAGGAGGUCGUUGAGAGUCAGACGCAGCAAGUCGUUCGUCGUGUCAGAAAAGAGGAAAUCUGAUUCGUUCGUAAACUCCCAAGAAUGGACGGUAUCGCGAUCUGUCCCGGAUUUGAGGCUGGGCAUAGUCGGGUCCCUAUCCUCUGGGAAAUCCGCAUUGGUGCACCGUUACCUGACGGGUAGCUACAUGCAGGAGGAGUCCCCGGAAGGGGGCCGCUUCAAAAAGGAGGUGCUAGUCGAUAAUCAGAGUUAUCUAUUGCUGAUCAGGGAUGAGGGAGGACCGCCAGAAUUACAGUUCACGGCCUGGGUGGACGCGGUCAUCUUCGUGUUCAGCUUGGACAACGAGUCCUCGUUCAACGCGAUCUACAACUAUUACACCAAAAUGGCGCACUACAGGAACACCGCCGAGAUACCAUUCAUCCUCGUUGGCACGCAAGAUGGAAUAAGCGAGAGCAGUCCCCGCGUGAUUGACGAUACGCGCGUGCACAGAUUGUGCAAUGAUCUGAAGAGGUGUACCUAUUACGAAACCUGCGCUACGUACGGAUUGAACGUUGAACGGGUCUUCCAGGAUGCCUGUCAGAAGAUCGUCCAGCAGCGCAUGACAGCUUCAACGACAGCGCUCUGUUUGACUCCCACCAAUUCCAGACCUUCAACACCCAACAACAGUAGUCACUACCACGCGGCAAGGCACAUGGCCCAAACCAACAACGGUUACGCGGGGGUCCAUCCAUUGGCCCAGUCGCAGCAUAUGUCGCCUGGACACAAUCACACCUUGUCACAUAAGGAUUCGAUGAAUUGUCAACAAUUAGACUUGAGGCAGGUACAUACCUUGAAGUCCUCUCAUCAUAUCCUUAGAGAUCAUGACAAGGAUAUCUACAAAUCAGCCGAAGACAAAUGGAAUUCAAGCAAUUCAACUGGGGGCAGUCACAGUUCUUCACAAGGUCUAGUUGUUCAGACGAUACAAACGGAGAACAACAACGUGGCCAAGUUUGCAGCUCCACAUUCAUUGGAUAACCUACAGAACUCGCAAAGUAACUCCAGGGAUUCCAAGGAUCUUCCUACUCCAAAUUCUACUCCCACUACUUCGAGGAAAAGUAGGAGGAGGUCCAACCUAUUUGCACCAUCGAAAAAGGGUGACGAAAAAAGUAAAAACGGCGGCGACUGGGGUAGCGGCCGAGCCAUCCCCCUGAAACAAGGCUAUCUGUACAAGCGCAGCAGCAAACCCUUAAACAAAGAAUGGAAAAAGAAGUACGUGACCCUCUGCGACGAUGGUCGACUGACGUACCACCCGAGUUUGCACGACUACAUGGACGACGUGCACGGGAAGGAAGUCAGUCUGCAGUAUGUUACUGUGAAGGUACCUGGAAAGAGGCCCAGGGGUACCAAGGCCAUCAUUACGGUGGCUGGGACUGGAGCUGGAAACUGUCAUGCGGGGAUUAAUGAAGGAUUUGGAGGGCUGUCGAUCACGGGUAAGGAUAAAAGAGCGACAGAAAAGGUUCUACUGAGCGCCUUCGAAACAGUGAAAGAUCCCAGUUCGAAGUACUCCCAACAGCAGAGCAGCGACGAAGGAAUGGUACUGUCGAGCAGUAACUCGUUCUUGAACGGCGAAAUCGCCAAAACCGAAACUCCGCAUGUCAAGAAAAGGCAUCGGAGGGUCAAGAGUAGUGGGGUCAAAAACUCGGAAUAUGAUGAUAAUGACGGAUACGAGUUCAUCAUCGUAUCGUUGGACACGAAACAGUGGCACUUCGAAGCGUCUAGUUGCGAAGAGAGGGACGAAUGGGUGACUGCCAUUGAGCAGCAGAUCCUGAAUUCCCUUCAACUGAACGAAUCGACGAAAAUGAAGGCAAACCCAGCAGACGCUUCUACUAUCCAGCAGAUUAAGGCCAGAGUACCAGGGAACGGAUGUUGUGUUGAUUGCGAUGCUACCAAUCCAGAUUGGGCCAGUUUGAAUCUCGGUGUUCUAAUGUGCAUAGAAUGCUCAGGCAUUCACAGAAAUUUAGGAUCUCACAUAUCCAGGGUACGCUCGAUGGAUCUUGACGAUUGGCCGCCUGGAAACCUGGCUGUAAUGCUGGCGAUCGGCAACUCACUGGCAAACUCAGUUUGGGAGUGUCAGACGCAGAAUAGGACAAAACCAACCCCUACUUCUAGUCGGGAAGAAAAAGAGAGGUGGAUACGAGCAAAAUACGAAAGCAAGGAGUUUCUUCCACCACCCAACAACACGAUGCCUCUAGGCCAACAGCUGAUAGAUUCAGUGUGUGCUUCGAACAUAAAAGGAAUCAUCAACGUUCUGGCCAGAGCGAAUGCGCAAGAAGUGAACACGACUGUUGGAACGAGAGAUCUGAGGACGCCAUUACACUUAUCCUGUGCAAUGGGGAAUUUAGCUGUUGCUCAGCUGCUUAUUUGGCACAACGCUGACGUAAAAUGUGUGGACCAAGAUGGUCGCACAUGCCUUGCAUACGCUAAGGCGGCCUUAAGCAUCGCCACGGCCAAAAGCCAACCAGAAUCUUCGAUCGCCCAAUGCAGAGCGCUGGUAGAGCUGUUGCUUAGCUACGGUUGCCCCGAAGCAGCAACAACUGUUUCUAUAAGCGGUACAAUACCGCGGAGGCGUGGCAGCCAGCAGGCCACGCCUACGGGAGCGGUACAGUCGCCGCAACAGGGCGGGAUCUGAAUGGGAGGCGUGGCUAAAGGAAGAGUCUCGAUCGGAUAGAUUGGAAAGUGUGGGAGGGGCGAUCUCCUGAUGGUUUCAGUGUAUUGCUGUGGGAUGAUUCAGGCUGGUUUGUGACCUUGUGUUACUAUAAUUGUUACUCGUAAUACAGAUUUUUUCGGAAUUUUCCAGCAGCGUUUUGAUGCAGUCAGUCUAUGUAUCUAACGUGUACGGGAUGUUACGUAAUGUUGCGAGGAAGUUUGAAGGGUUUUUUGAUAGUACAGUCUGUUUCAAUUUGUCCGCCUUUGAUAAUUCACAUAAUAUUUCUAGAAAACGGAUUGAGAUGAGUUUUGGUACACGCAAAUGUAUUGUCAGAUGUUGCAUUAACAUGUGCAAAUCUCCCCUUCAAGUCUCUGUUACUCGAAAAUUAUGUACGCUACUGCCUUUUUAGUUUUUGGUUCGGACAGAAAAAUUAACAACUACAAAAUAGUAACCGGAUUAGCACUUUUUUAAAGAACAUAAGGAACAGCUCCAAACACAAUCAAUACGUUUUUUUUUAUAAAAACCAGUGGCGCACAAUUUUUCGCGCCCUUUCAUGAAGUGAAAAAUAUUCUGUCAAAUUUUUAUAUGAAUUGUUUUCAUAUUUUUACGUGCUGAGUCUCUCAACAUUCUGUAACACCCUGUAUAUUAGUUGUCUCCCAUAUUGAAUAUAAGAUAUAUAUUUUCCUCACUGUUCCAUACAGCAUUCAAAUAUAAGCCUAUCACAGUUUUACCACCCUAUAUUCAAAUCAGUCAAGUGGAUUUUAAUAUUGACAUAAUUUGUAGCAUUUGAUACACGCGAUUAUGUGACUAACAUAAAUAGAAUACUAAAGCUUUAUAUUUAUGUUUUAAAUACCAAUUGUUGAAAUUAUAAUCCGAGUAAAAUAAGGCAAUUAGAAACUGCUUAUGUUUGCUUUCCUACCAGACUGUCAAGUUAUAAUAUAUUCUAAAUUUAUCAAAUCGUGCUCAAGUUUUGGUAAAGAUGUCAACCAAAUCAACAAAAACAAACGCCCAAAGUGCUUCUUGCGAAUAAAAAACGUAAGAAUUAUCAUAGUUUUCUUCAGAAAGUGCUCGAUAAACUUGUACGUAAUUAUACGUAGGCAUUAUCGACUGUCAUGGGUUUUGUGUGACUGUUCACGGCGUGUGCUAAAUUAGAAAAUUAUCUUCAUAAAAUUAUGCAUGUCAACAUCCUAUUUAUCGGAGGUUAUUGCAAAAAAUGACAUCAAGUAAAUCUACUUGAAAUUAUUUUUCGUUCGAAAACGAGAUUUUUGACACGCAUACAUUUACCUCUAGGUAUUGGGUAUUAGUCCUUUACAUUGAUAUUACGAUUCGACUGAUCAGUUGUUUAGAUGACAACGUUUUUAUACUCUUGUAUCAUAGGCUAUCUGAAAAUAUGGGUAUCUACUCCAUCAUUGUUGGAAUAUAUCUCCUUAGGUAAUUAAUUUAAUAAUAUUAAAUGUUAUAGUUGAAAGUAUUGUUCAAUAAAAAAGUGCAAUAAUUGGAGUAUGAAAUUGUAUCAGAACUUUUGGAGUAGGUACUACAUUUGUGUUACUGAUAAAGUGACGUUUAUGGUGAAUACAGUAAUACCCCGGACUUACGCGAUAGGUGGGUCCGAACGGUUGCCGUGUAAGUCGAAUUCGCGUAAGUCGGGGUUCAAUGUUGCAUAUAAAUACAUAUAAAGUUUGUUUAAUCGGGACCAGAGUUUAAAGAAAACAAUAAUUUAGAAGAAAAAUGUUUAAUAAAGUGUAGGAUAAUAAAAAAAAUUACAUUGUUAUGAAUAAAGUAAGCUAAACCGAAGUUAUUUUGAUGUCGAAGGCUUUAUAUAUUCUAACAAUGUUGCCUGACGAGUUAAAUUUUUCUUCUUUUCACGUAAAAUUUCCUCGUAGCAUACCAGUAAUUUUUUUAUCCCUCGUUUUGUAGUAGACACGCGUUCUUCAUUAGAAUCAAUUUUUUCUAAAAUUUGUAACCCCUUUUCAAUUGAAUUGAGU